CGUCAAUCUACAUUUCUGCUCUCUAUGUCAAAAAUAUUUGGUGAUUUAAAGGCCUUCGUUAUACCUCUUAAGCUAAGCGAGUAUGAAAUGGGGUAUUACCAACGCUUGAUCAAUAAACAUGGUGGAUCAGUUUGUCAGGAUCAAAAAGAAUCGACCUUUAUUUUGACAGCCAUAAAAUCACGCAGUCGAAUUGAUAGAAUUGUUAAGAAUUAUAAGGCUCCUGUGAUUGAUAUACAAUGGGUCAAAGAAUGUGACAAAGCAAAAAAAGCGCUCCCAUUCGAUAAGUAUCUUUUAGUGGAGGGCAGUCAGCAAUUGCCACUUACGCAUAUAGUGACACAAGAGUCUGCAGAAAUAUUAAAUAGGAAAUUUAAAAAUUUACCCCCAGAAGAGUUACAAUUUGAGGAUGAAAGUGGUAAUGCUAGUGAUGAUGACGCUAGUGAUGAUGAAGAAGAAAAUACUGAAAUCGACCCAACGUUUACUAAUACAAAAUACGAAUGCCUCCGUCCUACACCUUAUGUUCCAAAAUAUAACAAAAGACUCAUAUCGUUUCUUCUGAUACUUGAAAGAAAGCGCCAACUUGAUAGUGAGGACAAAAGAUCAUUAAGUUAUAGACAUGCAAUUUCUGCCUUAAAGGCGUAUCCGAGAGAUAUAAAGUCUUCAAAAGAAGCAGAAAAAAUUAUAGGUGUUGGUAAAAAAAUGUCAGAAAAAAUACGAAUGUUUUUAAGUACGGGUACAAUUGAAGAGGCAGAACUUCUGAGAUCGGAUGAACGAUUUAGAACAAUUAGUCUAUUUAACCAAGUAUUUGGAGUUGGUGCCGUAACAGCCAAUAUAUGGUGGAAGCUGGGGUAUCGUACUUUGCAAGAGGUACUAGACAAAGCAAAACUAUCUCCAGUUGUACGCUUAGGUAUAUUGUUGCUGCCAGAUUUUAGCCAGCUAAUGAGCCCAGAAGAUGUGAAACAGAUCGCUAAUAUAAUUAAAAAUCAAUUACAAACUAUCGACAAUGACAUUAUUGUAAUACCUGUUGGAGGCUACAGACGUGGUAAGACCAAAAAUGGUGAUCUAGAUUUGUUGAUUUCUAGUCAUCAUGUACCCAUAAAUGGGCUACUUGAUAAAGUAGUUAACAUCCUAGUUCAAAGUGGGUAUAUCAAACAUAAGCUAUGGAAAUCAACAGAUAACAACGGUAGCAAGCAACAGAAAAAACUCCAUGGAACUUCUGGCAGUAGACAAAUUUUUGAUGACUUUGAAAAGUGUUUUUGUGCAGUCCUUCAACCAUCAACUGGAAUACACCGACAGGUUGACCUUAUAGUUGUCCCACCAAAGGAACUACCGAUGGCAAUUUUGGGUUGGACGGGCUCUCGCCAAUUUGAAAGGUCCUUAAGAGAAUAUGCUAAAAAAGAGAAAAGCAUGACAGUGAAUAGCCAUUCAAUUCAUCAUGAUAUUAAUGGCCUUAGAAAAAAAAUAGUGGUUAAGAGUGAAGAAGAAGCAUUUUCAAUAUUAGAUAUUCCAUAUCUUCAUCCUGAAAUGAGAAACUGUUAA